CAAAUCUCCACCUACGGUAUCCUCCGCCAUUCUCUGAACUUCAUUUUUCCUUCAAAAAAAAAAAAACAAAAAAAACUUCGAUUUUAUCUCUUUUAAUGAAAAAAAUGGCUGAAAAUCUUAUGCAUGCUUUACAAUAUAACAGCUACGGCGGAGGCGCUGCUGGUUUGAAGCAUGUUGAAGUUCCGAUCCCCACUCCAAAUAAAGGUGAAAUUUUGCUUAAACUGGAGGCAACUAGUCUAAACCCGGUUGACUGGAAAAUACAGAAAGGGAUGCUGCGCCCAUUUUUACCUAGAAAAUUCCCCUACAUACCUGCUACUGAUGUAGCGGGAGAAGUCGUAAAAGUUGGACCGGGAGUCACAAAUUACAAAGCUGGGGAUAAAGUUGUGUCUAUGCUCCAUCAUUUUACUGGAGGUGGACUAGCUGAAUAUGCUGUGGCUAAGGAGAAUCUGACUGUUGCAAGGCCACCAGAAGUAUCAGCUGCUGAAGGUGCAGGUUUGCCUGUUGCUGGUCUUACAGCUCACCAGGCACUCACACAGUCGGCUGGGGUCAAGCUUGAUGGAAGUGGCCAGCAAGUAAACCUCUUGAUUACUGCUGCUUCAGGUGGUGUAGGUCAAUAUGCAGUUCAACUAGCAAAGCUUGGAAACACCCAUGUGACAGCCACUUGUGGGGCUCGCAAUCUGGAUUUCGUCAAAAGCCUCGGAGCAGAUGAGGUUCUUGACUACAAAACUCCCGACGGUGCAGCUCUAAAAAGCCCUUCGGGUCGCAAAUAUGAUGCAGUGAUCCACUGUGCAAUGGGCAUUCCUUGGUCUACCUUUGAACCUAAUCUAAGUUCAAACGGGAAGGUAAUCGAUAUAACCCCAGGUCCUAGUGCUCUGCUAACUUUUGCUAUGAAAAAGCUUACCUUCUCAAAGAAGAACCUGGUACCACUGCUAUUGUCACCUAAGAAGGAGAACCUCGAAUAUCUAAUUAACUUAGUGAAAGAGAAGAAGCUUAAGACGGUAAUUGAUUCAAAGCAUCCCUUAAGUAAGGCUGAAGAAGCAUGGGCUAAGAGCAUUGAUGGCCAUGCCACUGGUAAGAUCAUUGUGGAGCCUUAAUCUAUGAAAUAUUACUUUAUACUUAAUACAGUGAUGCUUGAAGGACAUAUUGCUUGUUUGUAUAAUUAGGAUUUUUGCACUUUGAAAUUUAUGUUUAUGGAAUGUUUGGUUAAUAUAUUGCAAAAUUUUCUUAA